UUCAUUCCCCGCGUGAAGUAUCGUAGACGGUUUCUGCUUUUAAGAAUAAUGAAACUCACUCACCGGAAACGUAAAGCAUCCAAGUUUGCACCCCAAGAUUUUAUUAGCAGCAUGCCAGAUAACGUGGUAACAAAUAUCCUGGAUCGAUUGCCAGUACGACAUGCAGUGCGGACUAGUAUCUUGUCAAGAAGCUGGAGGUUUAAGUGGACUAUGCUUAGCCAACUCGAAUUUGAUCGGGUGUUCUUUGGGUGUUUAAUGCAACAUAAAGGCGAAAAUGAUUGUGGGGGGGUUAUAAGUAGGCUUCUUCUUCAUAUUGAAGGUGUCAUAGAAAAGUUUGUCCUCUCUAUGUUCGAUGUUAAACAUAUUAAUUAUCGUGUUGAAAAUAUUAACCACUGGAUUUUGUUCCUAUCCACAAAAAGGAUUAAGGAUCUCACCCUUGAUAUUGGGAAUUGGACACCAGUGAAGAUGCCUACCCAUCUUUUCUCUUGUGUAGAGUUGAAACAUUUGAAACUUCGUAACUGUUCUUUCAAUCCUCCAUCUACUUUUCAUGGUUUUCCAAAUCUAUUGAGCUUAGAAUUGUAUAUGGUACGAUUCAAAAGUGGCGAACUUGGGGAGAUUCUUACUCGGUGCCCCUUACUUGAGACUUUGGACCUCGGUUAUCUAUAUUCUACACGCAGCGUGAAACUAGUUGAGAUUGCAAAAUCUGAAAAUCUCAAAACGUUAUCUUUGAGAUUAUGUGAUCUUGACACUGAGACAAUCAUAAGUUCGAGUACUAUCUUUGAGCUUGUGGGGUUUCUUCCAAAACUUGAAGAACUAAGUUUGGAUUUUGCAAAGUGCCAGUUGACAGAAGCUGGUGCUAAAAAGAAGUUCCCUACCGCGUCUCUCAAGACUCUUACAUUAUCAAGAAUAGAUUUAAGCAACGUUCAUAUGCGAUCAUGUGUUUUUGAAGUGAUUAGAAACUUCCCAAAUUUGCAGACCCUUAUAAUCUCAUCAAUUUAUCGUAAAACCGACUCAGUUCCAAUACCAGAAGAGUAUAACACAACGGGGCUUCGCAGGGUGGUGUUUGAAUGUUUGGAAGGUUCGGAGAAUGAAGUGUAUUUGAUAAAGUAUUUGCUUCUGUGUUCUCCUUUCCUAGAAAAAGUUGUUAUUCGUGGGGGGGAAUGGUUUAUGUCCCGCAAAAGGUUGAAGUUUGCUAGGAAGGUUUUGAAGCUACAUCGAGCCUCUACUGUAGCUGAAAUUGAUUUUAAAUAAUUAUAGUUGUUUUGAACUUCUGUUGAAGAUAUGUUUGUUAGUUUAGCAUGAACUAAGGUGACGUUUGGUUUCUUACUUUGGAAUCCCACAAUACCUAGACUGUUUAAACCGGGAAUGGUUAAUGCAACCGGUUUGGUUUGAU